GUAUAUAAAUUGCAACAUAUAUAUACUGCUUCACAAUAUCUAUAUAGAUGCACAUCAUUAUAUCACAUACAUACAAAAUAAUCAUUUAGAUUUUAUUAACUAUUUAUAAAUAUACACACGAACGAAAAGUUUUUUUAUUUGCUUAGCUUUGAACCCAUCCAAUUCAAGAAAUAUGGCAAUGAGACCAAGAGGCGGCGGAGCUGGUCCUAAUCGUCCUGGCAGAACCACCACCGUCCGCCCUGUCUAUGAAACAUUCACGCCUGUUUUCCAGCGCCAACAAGAUGAAGAAGCCGAGAAGCUAAUUAUUUAUCUUCCUGGUUUUUUAAAGGAAAAUAUUAAGGUUAGCACGGAAGGCAAGACGACAUUGAAGGUUCGGGGAGAACGACUAAUCGGCAACAACAAAUGGAAUCGAUUCCUGGAGGAAUUCCAGGCUCCAGAAGGUUGUAACAUGGGAGGAAUUCGUGCCAGGUUUGAGAAUGGAAUCCUCACUAUAACAAUGCCAAUUCCCAAGAAAAUCAAUCCACCACCUGUGACUACGACCCAACAAGAAGAAACUACAACCCUGCAGAAACAACCCUAUAUCCCUCCCUUCCUCAGGUCUAAAGAUGAUCAAUCCCCUCCAUUAUUAGCUCCUCAAACCACACCUUAUCACACCCAAAACCUACCACCCAAAGUAGAUGAUGAAGAAGAAGAUAUUAGCCAGAAGCAAACAACUCCUCCUACUAAGGAACAAGCUUUUCAGCAAAAGCCUUUAAAUGCUAGAGAUGAUGGUUUUCCUGACAAAACUUCCCAAUUCAGAGAUGAGAAGCAUAUGGAAGGACCAAUAAUAGCACCAAAGCCUUCUUAUCAAGAUGAAUCUCCUCCUCCAUCAGUACUUGCUGGUGCAAAACAUGGAGAUCAUCAUAAAAGUUUGGAGGAUCAAGAAAAGGUCACUGAUGGUGGUGGACAAAAGAUGAAUAAGCCAUUGAUAGGCCUUAAAGAUUUUGUUGAAGGGGAGAAAAUUGUUAGCAGUGAAGUGAAAGAAAAGGGAACAAUUACACAAACAUUAUUUGAUGGUAGAAACAAAACAAGUGCAGGGGUUGAUCAAGAUGAUGAGCAGAAAGAGAAAAGUGUUAAACAAACUUCAAUGACUACUACUACUGGUCCAGUUAAAGGCGUAGUUAGUGAUCCGAAAGAGGAAAGACAGUUGCUGGUGAAUGCUGGUGUGGCUGUGCUUGUGAUUCUAGCGCUUGGGGCUUAUAUCUACAACACCGUGGGGACCAGGAAAUCUGAUUAAAUUACUUUGAAUUCAAUUUAUUUUAUUUUCAAUGCAAAUCACUACAAAAUGUAAUGCUACUUCUAAUCACAUUAUUCUACAAAUAAAGCAGCAGAUUCAAUCCUGACUC